UCUCUAAUGAUGCCGUGACAGAGAGGGAGAUACAUCCAUCGGAGGAGAGACAAAGACAGAAUGAUGUCAAACGUUUGCAAUUUUCCAAACAGUUAUUGUAAUUUUAUGAGGCGAGGAAGCGACCUUUCCGGCUGAUUUUUUUUUUAAACUGUUCCUUAUAAAAUACCGUUGCGGGGGUCAGUUACACAUUUUGCAAUUUCGCUUUUGAAACUUGCUAAAAAUACGUUCAAAGACAAGACAUUUUUUUUUUUCAAUUUUUUCCAAAAAACGCUUGACGAGACGAUAGAUUUACUUCCCCUGAUUACGAAAUGCAUAAUUACGAUAUGUUUUUUUCAUUAAUGUGCCUGAAAAACGGGAAAAACUAUCUAGUAGUUCACCUACUUUCCGUUGGUGGCGCUAGUUUGUCUCCUGCGCACCCUUAAGCACGUAGACACUAUAUUGCUCUAUAUACUCAAAGGCUGGACCAAGCACCCGAGCAUGUUGUGUGAUUUUAUGAAAUCUUAUUCUUUUUUAUUAACUUGUAUGCGCAAUUCGUGCAAUAAAAAUCGUCUUGAUUAAUGAAAAAUGAAUUUUCUACAAUUGAAUUCGAAUGUUCCUUGUGGACGAAACAUCUGAAAGUACAUAACACUGGAGAAUAUAAUCGUUACCUUUGUUUUUGACGUUACGUCGGAUAUCGAAAGAUUUUCAAGAAUGCGUCAUGAAUUGAUUAAAAUAGGUUAUCAUGCUAAACGUAAUAUUUAUGGUUUGCAUAUAGAGAGUUAACACGAGUGAUUUGUCCAACAUCGUGUACCAAUAUGUCAAUAGACUGUUAAUGAUCUCUUAUGUGUCAAAUUUGAAUACAGUCUUACGAAAAUGGCACUCGUUUAUAUUGAAGACAGCGAUCCUUGGUUAUCCGAGUAUGAUGCCUGCGAGAAACUUUUCAGAGAAAUUAUGGAACAACUUACUGCGCGUAACAGACACUCGAAGACAUCACAGGCAUACGCGAGUUUAUCUGUAAAUAUACGAAUUCGUCUGAAACAAUACAACAGGGAAGUUCAACAACUUAAAAGUAAAGUGGAUGAGGCAUUACGAUCCAAAGCUAUAACUAUCGAGGAAGCAGAACGAAGGACACGGCAAAUAGAAAUAUUACAGAGUAAAGAUGUACAAUUGCAAAAAUUAUACGAUGCUCGAACAAGUGAUUUUGCAACUUCUCGUUCCAAUUUACUUUCAACUAAAGCAUCAGCUUUUGCAGAUGGAGGUACGACUUCUUGGGCAGCUGAUGAUGAUGAUGAAAAGCCUAUAGAUGUUCAAGUAUCUGUUGCUAAUCUUGCAACUCAACAUGAACAAAUUUUACAAGAACAAGAUAGAGGAUUGGAAGAAUUACAUAAAGUGAUUGUACGACAGAAAGAAAUUGGUCAAACUAUCAGUAAUGAAGUAGAGUAUCAAAAUGAAAUAAUUGAUAAUUUAGCCGACCAUAUGGACAGAACCGACGAUUCAAUAGUUAAUAAGACACGCCGAAUAGAACGUAUGAGUUUCAAAGAUCGUACAUGUGGCUAUUGGAUAGUAAUCAUUUUUCUUUUUAUCUGCAUUGUUACAGUCGCUUUAGUAUAAUUAAUAGAAACAUGUAUUUAAAAAUUAAACGAAUUCCAU